AUGAAACAGGCCGCGACGUGACACAAUGCCGAGAUAUGUGUCAACAUUUAUCAUAUCGCGCUUGAUGGGUCAAAAAUACAAUAAAUAUCAUUCAUGGCUCAUCGUUCUGCGCUUUAGCUGCGAAUAUUAGAUGUUUUUUGGAGAGAUGCCUGACAUAAAGUUACUCAAGCCUCCUUCAAGUGAAGGAGCGUUCUUACAAGAGCAGGGUGAGACGGUUAGCUCCAGCAGGCGUCGCAGCUGUGCUCUGGUUAACACUCCAGCACCGUGUGUGAACAAAGCAGUGUCUCACAUCCAGGAACUGAAGUCCAAACUGGAAAACUGGGGCCAACAGGGUGAUAAUGCUCAGCAUGAAACUGCACAUGAAAACAACCACAGUAUCAUUUGGAAAUGUGAAGCUAAAAAUGCAGAGCUGUGUAUUGAAGGCAUGGGGCUUUAUGCACGAGACAGUGGAGUGUGGAAGGAGACCACAGAAGUCUUGAUGGAGGUGAUGGGUUUGAUCGAGCGUCUUGAGCUGGACCGGAGAGAUGCAGAGAAGGCUCUCCAGGAAGAAAAGGAAAAAGCAAAGAAACUUUCAGGGAAACUUGACAGCCUCCGUCUCUGGAAGCAAAAUGAGUUUCCUAUAGCAAUGCAGAAAGAGCGUGAAGACUCCAGCACAGACAUCGCCGAGCUGACGUGGCAACUGAAAAUGAGGAGAGAUCAGCUGCCGCAGGUGAGAGACAGGCUGACCCGCACGGAGGUGCUGAACCGACGUCUGAAGGAGGAUAUCGAUUUUAUGAGGAAACACGGGCCGCUCGUUCACGAGAGGCUCCAGCUGGAGAGUGAAAUCAUGAAGCAGAUCCGAACAGCACAAAGCGAGGCCAGUGAGACAUUUUCAAACAUCUCUCAGAAGCUAAAGGCUCUUCAGGAGGAGCUUAAAAAUGAGGAAUUCAGAGCAGACCUCAGAAAAGGAGAAAUGAGCAAAGAAAUGGAAACGAUCAGAGAUCAUCUGAGUGACAAGCAGAGUGAGUUACAGCAGCUGCAGUCACAGUGUGAGGUGUUUCGAAGAAAAAUUAAAGAGUCGAUAGAAACACUAACACUGAGAGACGACCAAAUCAAAGCCUUGGUGAAAAAGACGCAUCAGUUUGAGAGGCACGAGACAGACGCAAACGAAGAAGUCAGAACACUAAAAGCUGAAAAAAACGAUAAAGAAGAGAAACUGAGGAUAAAGAAGAGCGACGUGGUGCAGCUUCAAAACCAAAUACAAACAUCUAAACUUGAAGGUGAUGGAAAGGUGUCUGUGUUGGAUGCGAACUUAAGCCAGAAGCGAAAUGACUUAUCAACCCUCCGAGACAAAAACAAAGAGCGCAAACUGGAAAUCGAAGACUACGAGAGAAAGAUCUACCAAAGUGAGCAGGCUGUGAGAAAGCUACUGAAGGAUCGUGAGCGUGUCCUGCUGAAGAUCGGUUUGAGUGAAAAGCAGUGGAAAGCGGUCAAAACUGAAUUUGACCAGGUCUCCGCCGUUCACUCAGACACCAAAGCCAAGCUGGACUGUUUAGAACGUCAGACCUUUCUGGAGGAGCUGAAGAACAGGAAAGAGACAGACAAAAUGAAGGGCCUGAUACUGACUGAAAAGACCACCUUAGACAUUCUCAAAGGUAACAGGGACGCAGAAGCAGCCGAAUAUGACCGUGAACAAACAGACUGCGAGAAGGAGAAAGGUGAGCUGCAGAAAAAGUACGAAGACGCUUUGUCUACAGCCGCUCAACUGGAGACUGAGGUGGAACAACUUAGACAGAUAUAUACAGAGAAAGCUGAGACAACUGAAAACUUAAAAGCCAAACUAAGUGACACGCACACUGCACACAGAAGCCUCUCCGAUGAUUUUGAGGAAAAGAAACGCUAUCAAGAAUGUUUUAAUUCUGUGAAGGAAAGCCUUAGUGUGACGGCACUGAAGUAUGAGGAGAUUUCAAACCGGAUCAAGGAGCUUAAUCUGAAGUCGAAAGAGUUAAAGCAAGAAUCAGAUGUGAUGGAGCUAACCAUCAGCACUAUGCCUCAUCUUAUAGCAGAGCUACAGGGUUUGUCAGACACUAUGGCAUUCAAACAUGGGACAGCCAAAGUAGUGAUGGAUAACGUGAACAGGGAUAUAGCUUCCUUGAAAGAGAGGAAGUCUCACCAUGCACAGAUUCACUCAGCGCUGUUCACUCAACGCCAGGCUAUCAUGAAGGACACAGAGGUUAAGAACCCUUUCUUUCAUAUUUACAUUUAUAUCAAGAUUAUUUUGCCAGGGCUUCCUAUAUGGGCUGAUCCUAGAUCAGCUUUUUAUAUGCACACGCUAAAAGUCAAUCUGGAGUUAGCGCAGGAGUAUCACGAGCUGCAGAAAGCUCUGAUGAUUGCCAGACAAGAAGCCGUUUAUGUUUCUGACCGAAGAAACCGAGCAGAGGCCUACAUCCGAGAUCACAAGCAGCUUUCUUUGUUGCAGAAGAGGAUGCACAAAGCCAUGCUAAAAUACUUCAAACGCAGCGUCUACAGCCAGGCAGAGCUGGCCAGCUUCCAGACCCUCUCCAACCAGAACAACCAGAAAAUGAAAGCCCUCCAGGCAUUUGGUCUCAGUGGAAGGUGUGCUAUGCGUGCUUAUAAUGAGAGUGAGCGGCGGUGUGUUUGUGGCUCAGUCAGGGAGGCCAGCUCUGGAAGUCAGGCUGGUGAAUGGAGCAUGAAGAGGCAGAGGUUCUUCAAGCUCCUCCAGUGUGAAGGACAAAGGAGCAGCCUUACUCUAAACUUUGUCACAGCUCGUUGA